GCCCUAGUAGCUGAGGCCACAAUAAUUAAAAAGCAGAUGAAAUCAUUUUGAUUUAAAAUUAGACAAUUUUAUGUAAAUGCUCCCGAUGUUAUUUAUUUUAUUAAAAUUAUUUAAACACCUAUCAAAACCUACGUAAACCUUCAAUAUAUUUCAAACCAACACUCAGCAAGAUCGGUAUGAAUCCAAAAACCCGGUGCAAACGAAGGAUCAGCAUCGAUAGAACCUUCGAGCGUAGUAAUUACGAAUACCAAAAGUUUUUUAAUGAAAUAUUAGACCUUCUAGAAGCAGAUUUUACAUUACCAGAUCACAGAAGGGACAGCAUCUUGCGCGAACUCUUUCCCACUAUGAUUUAUAGAAAGAUAAUAGCUGCAGUGCCACCUAUUAAAGCAAGGGAUCCCUUUAAUUUGGGUAAAACCUCUGAGAAUAUAAGAGCCACAAAACAUGUAUCAAUCACGACUGAGUAUUCUUUUAAAAGUUCCUCGAGCGAGGUAUUAAAUGAAUCAGUUGAUACUGAACAUGUUCCAACACCAGAAAAGGAAAGGACGUACGAAACAUCUGAAUCGAUAUUUGAACAACCACUUAAAAUUUGGAGACAGCCUAUUGGUGGAUUAAAAGUAACACCAAUGCACGAACCGAAAGAUGUUGAGUCUGCUGAAGAACUAGAAGUAUCCAAAAUUUCUUCCGAAUCCACAAAAACUCCUUGUUCGGGCAGCUUCGAUUCCAUGUUAGUCAAAAUAAUGAACCACAAACUCAAGCCGAAAUUGACGCUGUACUACAAUUUUUUCAAGAAAACGGCCGAGCAAGCGGCGCUAUGGAGAUCGAUGGGCACCGCUCUUCCUCAGCUUAGAACUGCUGAAGAAAAGGCUAACCUUAUUGCCGAGCAAAUAGCUAGUAAUUUCGUGAAUUGGGUGCACGAGAACGGUUUGCAUGAAACGUUAACGACCAACGAAGUUAUAAACAUGUUUAGUCCAAUAAAGGAUUGGAAUAAAAUCAUUGUUAGACAAGAGGAAGUGUUCUCAGUGCCUGGUCAGGUUGGCUGGAGCUUGGGAUUGAGAGAACGGACAACACAGUUUGUGUUGGCCGAUCAAAUUGUUAAAGAUAAGAAAGCUUAUGAAUUUGCGGGUGAAAAAAAUGUUGCCUUUAUGAAAAGUCUUCCGCAUUCUCUAUAUAAAGGAACGUCAAUUAAUGACAGCUACAAAAAAUGGUUAAAGUCAAAAAUACCACUUAAAAUAGAGACCAUGGAGUCGGUUUUUUCAGAAAUAGAAGACCUGGUGAUAACUAAAAAGUACGCAAACUUCAUAGCGGCCAGGCCCUAUAUAAAACCACCGCCGUACUUACUUGAAUGCGGACUAAUAAAAUAUCCUGAAGGUCAAACCUACAUAAAAUCUCCAAAGGGCACGAGACGACUAACUAGAAAAGAGACAAUAUAUACCUUGUGCGAAGGUCCGAAGGUAGAGAGGCUGAGGUAUUCCGAUGUUCGACUUCCAAUUUUGGAGGCUGAAACAUAUUGAACGGCAAUACAAGUUCUUGGCAAGGUCCAACACAUGAAAUGUAAAUAUUGACAGUAAAUAUUAAAUAAAGAGUAAUCUAAAACUAU